CCAAAACAUUUAAACAAAACUGUACUUCAAAUUAUUAAAUAAUAAUGUGCUACAAAAAUUUAUAAGACAAAAAAAAUAUUACAUACAUUUUAAUAGAAUUUGAUCUUUUGAAUCUAUUUUUGUUUGUGUUGUUCGUCGUUGCCCACCACAAACCACAAGCCAAUCAAAAUCCAACAAGAAGGAAAAAUCAAUAAAUAAAUAUUAUUUAGAAUCAAUUGUCAACGUACUGUCAUCAAAUUAAAUUAAAAAAAACUACACAACAACAACGAUAAUCUCAAAAAAAAAACAUCAACUUGAAUUCGUUUGAAAUUCAAAUUUAUCCUCAUCGUCACAGUCAUUCUUAUUGAUAUUGAAACAAAAUUCAAAGAACUGAGGAGCUUUCGGCGUAUAUAAAUUAACUACUCGUCAAGAGUAAAGGGUUUUCAACAUGGAGUUGGAGUGUGAUUUAAGUAAAAUUAAUAAUGAAGAAUUGCUGAGAAAAAUGUGGCAGCAAUCUGAAGACGCCAGUCGUAAAAAAGAGAUACGUUCGCAAUUGUACAAGUUACGUGAAUCACGCUUAAGAGAUCUAUAUCAAGGUGAUAUAAUGGCUGACAAUAGUGUUGCUGGUUUUGGCAAAGAUCCCUUGGCUACCAGUCAUGGUGAUGCCCUGGCCGAUCAAAGUUUCCAGAGCUUAAAGUCCAAGGAAAUCAGGGAUUCAUUGUCGCCCACCGAAAUGAAAUUUCAAUCGAUGGCUCUUAAUAAUCCCAAUACCACCGGCUGGGAUGUGCAGUCCUCCAAGGAAGUAAGCCCAGAUGGCAAGGGCUUUCGCGCUGAGACCGUGGCCACCACCGAUGGUGUGGAAAGCAUUAACGGUGGCAUAGCCGAGUUUAAGGGACGCAACGAACAACGUUCCAGUGCCCAUCAUCAGGGAGACGACAAGAAUUUCGUUAAGAAGGCCAUGGAAAGCUCCAAUUCCCAUUUGCAAGAGAAGGUAGUGAUAGGCGAUGAAAAUUCGGGACGCACUGAAGUGCGCACCAGUUCAUCGAAAUCCACUUCCUCUUCUCAGGUAUUCAAAACAUCCAGCAAUGUGGAAUAUGAUGAUGGUUUUCCCCAGCCUCAAAGAUACUUGAUGGAUGCCAAUCGCCCGCACGCCCACCCCCAAGACCUACAACAACGUCAACAGCAAGAACAACAACGUUUGCUCGAAGAACAACGCAUGUAUGAGCAACAAUUCCAACAGCAACGUCAACAACAUCACAAUCAACAAGAACGCCGUACUUCCGAACAAUUGUCGUCCACUCGCCAAAACACCGAACAGAAAAACAUUUCGCAAAAUGUUCAAACCCAAGAGACGCACGAACAGAAUAAACGUUAUGUUGACAUGGAUAAAGCCUCACCCGAAUACCAACAACAUGUGCAACAUCUCAUGCAACAGGACGGCGAGAUUAUCUCCAAUACAGUGGAAUAUCCCAAGCCUAAUGUUAAGAUGAUCACUACGGUGAAACGUUUACCCGACGGUACUAUUGUACGCAACAAACGUUACGAGACCGAAGAGAUGCCGUCCCCAACACCCUCAACUCGCACCACAUCGACUCCUACAAAUCAAACCCAACCAAGACGCGACUCGCAACAACAACCUACCAGAAAUUAUCAACCGGAUUCGGCACCCCACUCCAGACCCAGCCAGGAUAUGGUGGACAGUAGCAAUACGUCACGUUAUGUCCAAGACACUCACACCGAUGAUGUGGAAACGAAAUUUUCCUCCAUCAAGAAGUCUAGCAGUAAAUACUCUACUGAAAGCACUUCGGAAACCAUACAAGAAUUUGAUGAUCGUCAUCCUCAUGGCGUAAAACCUGUAACUAAUGACUUCAGUACCCAUGGGUUUCCUUCGGUAAGGUCUAAUAAGCCUACACAGGAAUACCCUGGCGAACGUCCCCAUACAGCUCGUCCCACACAAGGUUUUCCUUCCCAAGCGGGACCUUCAAGGCCAUCUGAGGCAGUGGUACCCCAUUACACCGAUGCUACUGACAACAUUUCCGAGCGUCGUGUACCCACUAAAGAUGGUGAGGUGAUUAUUGUAAGUUCUGAAAAGAAACGCAACUACAAAACCUCCAGCAAUUCGGAACGCAUUGUGGAAACCGAACAGGUUAUACGUGAUGAUCAACCCUAUCAACAAAUUACGGACAAGAGUGGCUUCCCCACCAGCCAGCAGCCAAAAAACUAUCCCAGUGAAAGACAAAUGCAACCUCAUGAGCAGGAUUUUCCCUUGGAUAAAUUACCACCCGGCACUCGAAUAAUAAAAACCACCCAUUCACCUCAUGCUGAUGAUGAUGUGGUAGUGGUGAGUUCCCAAAAAUCUCACACUGCCAAGCACAGCACCAAUACGGAGCGUGUUAUUGAGCAUGAGAUAGUAAGAGAUGAUCAACCAGGUGGUUAUCCACGCAUACAACCCCAUACGGAUAAUAGUCCUUACAAUUAUACAGUGACCACACCGGGAGAACAAAUGCCUAACCAAGGUUUUCCCUCGGUAAGAACUCCUGGUCAUGCCGCUCCUGGAGAUCGUGAGCCUUAUGGCGAUUAUCCUGCGGGAACUUCGAAGCCAACAGGUAAUGAUUAUACCACUCAGGGAUUUCCCUCGGUAAAACCUACCAGUAGACCGGCUGCCGGUUUGCCCUCAAACCACAAUCAGCAACAUCCUGGCUCACCUAGGAAAUCACCCAGUCAUGAUUAUUCUACCCAGGGAUUUCCUUCGGUAAGAUCUCCCAAUAAGGGAACUCCUACACAAGGUUAUCCCUCUAAUGUAGAUGCUGGUAGACCCAAUGGACAUGCUGAACAACCCAGAGGAACACCCACUAAAGCACAACCUAGGACGCCAUCUCCCAAUAAAUAUAAAGCACCCAACACCACUGUGCGUGAGACCACAGAACGCGUUAUAAGAAAGGAGAAAGAAGUAGAUUCAGCACAUCGUGCCUUUGCUGCUUCUUUGCGCAGCUCUUCGCCCAUUGUCGACAAUGUCAGACGUGACAGUUACACAACCGAUUCUCAUACUAGACACACACCACGUUCAAGCGUUUCUUCGACUAAAACCUUUAGACGUGAUAUGCGCGAAGGUUCCCAUGACAGUGCCCCCUCGGAAACAAGCCGCAUUAGUACCACCACAGUAACACGCAACACUCCGCCACGAACUGUGGGCGGCAAGACUGUAGUAACCAAAGUGGUUACCACCAAAACCGGCCCUGGUGCCAAUGACACUCUCACUGUGAAUUCGCCACGUGCCACCAAGUCACCGUCGCCCGGCAAGACCGUUACCACCACAACUACCACCACUAGGACAUUGACUAGCAAAGAUGUGCCAAAAGCCACAGAAAAAUCACCAACAAAAAAACCCCAACCACAACCAGCACCCAGUAGUAGAAGUAGUACACCUUCAUACAAUAGUAGAAAACCACCAACAUCUGCGAUGACGGAUGAUUAUGAUGAUGCUGACAAGUUAAACACGACAACAUCACCAUUAUCACCAUCAUCCAGAUCUAGAACACCCCAAAAAAUUGCUCCUAACGAUAAUGAUAACGAUAACUACAAACCACAAGAUGAUUGGCAAACGCGUCCUCAGCCUGACAACGAUGAGCGUAGAACUGUGAAUAGAGAAACAACAUUUGAAAAAAAUCAAACUGAAAACUUACCCUCACAACCUCGUAGACCCAACUAUGAACAGCCCAAUGUCGAAUGGAUAAUAGUUGAUGAUGUCGACGACUAUGAUGACCACGACGAUGAUAACGAUAGUUUUGCUCCUGAAGUGGUGGAUUCUAAAUUAAAUGUUAAAAAAACCACCACAAAAUUAAUAACUCAAGAAAAACAAACUCCCGUAGCUCCUCAAAGGAGACCAAAAUCCACCACAACCACUACUGUUACUACCAAGCAAUUCCAUACUAGUCCAUCUAAACUCCAAACUAAACCCAGCGACAAAAGUCCUUUAAAAACGAAACCUAACGAUUCCAGAACUCCUCAGCAACUAAGACCUCAAAAACCUUUAACGGAUUCUAGAAGUCCAGUACGCACUCCCCUAAAAAGCCAACCUAAAGUUAUGGACAAUAAACCGCUAACCAAAGGUCCCAAAUCGACUGCUCCCUCAUAUACUUCACCUCUUCGAAAACCUUUGCCCAAGUCCACUACAGAAGAAACUACACUGAGAAAAACUCUGAAAACUACUACACAGGUAGUUAAGGAUAAAACCAACAAAUUGAUAGAAUCGGAAAAGCUUAAACGCAAACCUCAAAGUCCGGAACGUAGAACAAAACCUCAGACACCGGCUUAUAGAAAACCAAAUGGUGUCGAACAACAAGAAACCGAAAUUGUUGUUACUGAGAUAACAGAAAAACGUUUGCCACAGAAACCACAGGACACCGAUGAUGAACCUAUUUAUGGUACUCCUUAUGAAACUGAUGAUGAACCUAUGCAAGGUAGACCAAGUUACAGAAAACCUCAAGGUACUGAUGAUGAACUUACUCCUGGUUACAGAAGGCCUCUUGAUACUGACGGUGAACCUAUUGAAGGUAGACCAAGUAACAAAAAACCUCAAGGUAUUGAUGAUGAACAACGUCCCGAUUACAGAAGGCCUCUUGAUACUGAUGAUGAGCCUCAUCAAGGUUCUCCAAAUUACAGAAAGCCUUAUGGUACUGAUGAUGGACCAAAUCAAUGUAUUCCGGGCUAUAGAAAGCCUCAGGAAACUGACGAUGAGCCACAUCAAGAGUCUCCUAGCUUCAGAAAGCCUCAGGAUAUUGAUGAUGAACCCUAUUUUGGUGCUCCAGGUAAUAGAAAGCCUCAAGGUUCAAAUGACGAGCCAAUGCAAGGUACUCCUGGCUAUAAAAAGCCUCAAGAAACUGACGAUAAGCCAAAACAUGGAACUCCUGGUUUCAAUAAACCUCAACAAACUUUCGAUGAACCAAAGCAAGGUACUCCUGGCUAUAAAAAGCCUCAAGAAACUGACAAUAAGCCAAAACAUGGAACUCCUGUUUUCAAUAAACCUCAACAAACUUUCGAUGAACCAAAGCAAGGUACUCCUGGUUUCAGAAAGCCUCUAGGUACUGCUGAUGAACCCCAUAAAAGCUCACCUGGCUACAGAAAGCCAGUCUCACCAGGCUUCAGAAAGCUUCAAAAUACAUUUGAUGAACGCUCUCCAGACUAUAGAAAACCCCAAGCUACUGAUGAUGAACCCCAUCAAGGUUCUCCAAAUUUCAGAAAGCCUCAAGGCACUAAUGAUGAACCCCAUUAUAGCACUCCUGGUCAUACAAAGCCUCAGGAUAAUGACGAUGAACCUAAAAAUGUUAUGCCUGGUUACGAAAAGCCACAAACAAUUGUAGAACAACAAAUAACUAUUACAGAAACGUCUGAAAAUGUAUAUCCUCAAAGAGAAGCACCAAAACGUCCGUAUAAACCCCAUGAUACUGAUUAUGAGCCCAACCAAGGUUCGCCAACAUCUUAUAGAAAGCCUCAAGAUACUGGUUAUGAACCUGAUUACAGAAAGCCUCAUGAUAGUGAUUUUGAACCUAACCAACAUACUCCCGGUUAUAGACAACCUCACGAUACUAACGAAGAGCCUCAUAAAGGUUCUCCAGGUUAUAGACAGCCUCUAAACACAGAUAAUAAACCACAUCCAAGUACUCCAGGCUUUGUAAAGCCUCGGGAUACUAACGAAGAAGAUUUACCACACUAUAGAAAUCCACAUCAAGUUAGCGAACAUGAAAUAAUUACUACAGAAACAAUGCAAAUAAGAAUUCCCGAUAAAGAAACUCCUCAAAGUCCAGAUAGCAAACCAGGUCAACGUACACCCGCAUCCAGAAAACCUUACGACAUUGAUGAUGAACCAAACCAAGGUAAACCUCGUACGCCUGGUCAUUUCAAGCCGACUGAAACUGAUGAAGAAUCUGGUACCCCUACAGGCUACAGAAAGCAACCACAAACUAAACCAAAAUAUAUCAAACCUUCCGAAACAGAUGACGAUGAAUGCUUUACGGAGACUGAAAGCAUUAUUACAACUUCAAACAAGACAGUGGCCAAACAUAUCCAGAAAUUUGAAACUAAUCAUUUGAGUAAUAAGUCACCUAAACCACAAAAGAGAACAAAAUCUCCAACUAAAGAACUUCCACAAACUCAAAAGAAAUCACCAAGAACUCCAAGUAAAGAAACUUCUCCAACACGCACUCAAAAGAAACCAGAAACCCAACCGAAAAUAGGAAAACCUCGCUCUGAUAAACCUUUUGAAACUGAUGAGGAUGAAACAUUUGUAGAAACUAAUGAGUUUGUCAUAAACUCUACACAAAAACGAAUUGUUUCGGAAAAACAAAUUCUAGAGGAAGAACACACAUAUCCCGGUAAAAAGCCUCAAAAGCCCGGCCACAGGGUGGUAUCUCCUACCAGAAAACCUGGUCAAAAGUUCCCUGGAGAACCUACAGAUAAAUCUUCAGUAUCGCCUACACGCACACAAAGAAAACCUGAAUAUCCAGAAGAUACGCCACGAAAUAAACCUUUAGAUACAGAUGAUGAUGAAACAGUUGUAGAGACCAGAGAGUUUAUUAUUAACUCGACACAAAAACAUGUGGUAAAUGAGAAACAAAUUCUUGAAUUCGAGGAUACUAAGACUACGAGAGGAAUUUCACCCACUGGUAAAAGACCUCAAUCACCAAACAAACAUGUUUCGCCUACACGACUUCAAAAGAAGCCUGAACAAAAAUCUCCUUUAAAACCCACAGAUGGAAGACCUAAAUCGCCAAACAAACAUGUUUCUCCCACAAGAAUUCAGAAGAGUCCUAAUGAAAAAACCCCCUUAGAUGAUGAAACCUAUACAACCACAUUGAAAACAACUAGAAUUGUCAGGGAAAAAAUAACGAAAGAAUUGGAUGAUGAGAAAUAUCCAGAGAACAAACCUAAGGAUCGCAAACCUUUAAUUGGUAAACCAUUAGACACUGAUGACGAUGAAACCGUCAUAGAAACUAGUGAGUUCGUUACUAAUUCUACACAAAAACGUGUUGUAAGUGAAAAACAUAUCAGUGUAUUUGAAGAGCCAGACAAAAAGGCUAUUAAGAAAAUGCCUGAUACUAAAACUCCAACAAGAGAAAUUGCUCCCACACAAAAGAAACCAGGCCAAAAGCAACCUGAACAACCUACUGGAAAAAGAUCACAAUCUCCAACUAAACCUGUUUCUCCUACAAGAACUCAAAAACCUCUGAAACCCCAUCAAAUGCCAACAGUUGAUGAUCAAACAUUCAGGAAAACAUUGCGUACUAGUGAAACUGUAACAGAAAAAUUCACUAAAAAUGUAGAUGAUGGUAAGGAUUAUCCAGUGGAGAAAAUUCCUACCAAGAAAGGUGACAAGCCUGAAAAGAAACCUAAAGCAGGUAAACCUUAUUCCGAACAACCUUCAGAUACUGAUGAAGAUGAAACUAUUACUGAAACCUGUGAGUUUGUCACUAACACGACACAAAAACGCAUAGUAACUGAGCAAGAAAUUCUAGAAUUUGAAGCGCCUCGCUUUCCUGACAAUGAAACUCCCAAACCUGAAAGAGUUUCCAAAUCUCCAAUCAGAGGACAUUCUCCCACACGCCAGCAAAGGCAACCCGAUGAAAAACAGCCUGGAGACAGAUUAAAAGAACCAACUGGUAGAAGACCUCAAUCUCCAAAUAAACCAACUAGCUAUGAAAAGAAACCACAAUCUACUGAUAAGAGACCUAAACAUGUUUCUCCCACACGAACUCAAAAGAAACCGAACGAAAAGUUACCUUUAGAGGAUGAUGAAACUUUAUCAACCUCUUAUACAACCACUAAAGUUGUAAAGGAACAGUUCACUAAUGUAGAUGAACCUAAAGGUCGCAAACCUCAAUCGGUUAGACCUUUUGAUUCAGAUGAGGAUGAACCAGUUGUGGAAACCACUGAAUUUGUUAUUAAUUCAACCCAAAAACGAAUUGUAAGUGAAAAACAAAUUCUUGAAUUUGAAGAGCCUUCAUAUCCCGACAAAAAGAUUCCCAAGAAAAAGCCUGAAAAGGAUAGUCCAUCUUCACCUAGAGGAGUUUCUCCCACGCGAACACAAAAGAGACCUGGCCAGAAGUCACCAGAAGAACCCGGUUUAAAGGAACCUACUGACAAAAGGCCACAAUCUCCCACUAAACAUCUAUCUCCAACACGUCAUCAAAGGAAACCUGUUGAUGAAGAUGAAACAUUCACUACUUCAUUGAGAACCACAAAAACUGUAACUGAAAAAACAACAAAGAAAUUGGAUGAAGAGGAAUAUCCAGAGAAAACACCAAACAAAAAAGGCGAUAAACCAGAAACUAAACCUAAAGCACGUAAACCUUCUGAUACCGAUGAAGAUGAAACUGUUACAGAAACCAAUGAGCGCUUCAUUAGCUCAAAAACGUGCAUGGUAACUGAAAAACUAACACAAGAAUUCGAAAAGCCGGUAUCACCAACCAGAGGUGUUUCUCCAACACGUACUCAAAAGAAACCCGGACAAAAACUGCCAGAAGAACCUGCUGAUAAAAGACCUAAAUCUCCUACACGAACUCAAAAGAAGCCGGGUCAACAAAUUCCAGAAGAACCCACUGACAAAAGACCCAAGUCUCCUACACGCAAUCAAAAGAAAGCAGGUCAACAAAUACCAGAAGAACCUAGUGGUAAAAGACCUCAAUCUCCAAAUAAACCUACGGAUGAGGAGAUUUUCAAAACCAGUUUAAGAACCACAAAAACUGUAACUGAAGAAUAUCCAGAUAAGAGAGCAGGCGAUAAACCAGAUACUAAACCUAAAGAACGUAAGCCUCACUCCGAUAAACCUGGUGAUUCCGAUGAUGAUGAAACGUUUACCAGCAAGCAUGUUAUUAGCUCAAAAACUCAAGUGGUAUCUGAAAAACUUAUACAAGAAUUUGAAGAACCCAAAUCACCAACCAGAGGUGUUUCUCCCACACGUAUCCAAAAGAAACCGUUACAAAAACCGUCAGAAGAACCUGAUUUUAAGAAACCUAUUGGCAAAAGACCACAAUCUCCUACACGAACUCCAAAGAAACCUAGUGAUGAUGAGGAGAUUUUCAAAACCACUUCGAGAACGAUAAAAACUGUAACUGAGAAAACAACUAAGUAUGUUGAUGAUGAGGAAUAUCCAGAUGAAACAACUCCUUACAGAAAAGGUGAAAAACCACAGACCAAACCAAAAGAACGUAAACCCUACUCUGAUAAACCUUGUGAUACUGAUGAAGAAGAAACACUUACAGAGACCAGUGAGCGUUUCAUUAGCUCGAAAACUCACGUGGUAACUGAAAAUUUAAUACAAGAAUUUGAAGGGCCUGAAUCACCAAAAAGAGGAAUUUCUCCUACACGUACUCAAAAUAAACCUGGUCAAAAACCAGAUUUGAAGGAACCCACUGGCAAAAGACCUCUAUCUCCCUCUAGACCAAAAGAACGUAAGCCCUACUCUGAUAAACCUUGUGAUACCGAUGAAGAAGAAACACUUACAGAGAGCAGUGAGCGCUUCAUUAGCUCUAAAACUCACAUGGUAACUGAAAAUGUAAUACAAGAAUUUGAAGGGCCAGAAUCACCAAAAAGAGGAGUUUCUCCUACACGUACUCAAAAGAAACCAGGACAAAAACUACCACAAGAACCAGGUUUGAAGGAACCCACUGGCAAAAGACCUCUAUCGCCCUCUAGAACUCACAAGAAACCUACUAAUGAGGACGAAACUUUCCAAACCACUUUGAGAACUACAAAAACUGUAACUGAAAAAACCACUAAGAAAGUGGAGGAUGAGGAAUAUCCAGAUAAAAGAUCACCAUACAAAACAGGCGAUAAACCGGAGGCCAAACCAAAAAAACAUAAACCCUACUCCGAUAAACCUUCUGACACUGAUGAGGACGAAACACUAACAGAGACCAGUGAGCGAUACAUUAGUUCAAAAACUUGCAUGGUAACUGAGGAAAUAAACCAAGAAUUUGAUAAACCUAAAUCACCGGCUAGAGAUGUUUCACCUACGCAAACUCAAAACAGACCUAAACAAAACUUACCAAAAGAAUUUGGUUUAAAUGAACCAACUGGCAAACGACCUCAAUCUCCUACACGAACCACGAGAAUUGUUAAAGAAAAUGUCACAAAAACUUUUCAAACUGAACAAUUCCCAGAACAAGAGAAACCAGAUAAAAAGCCUAGACAACCCGGCUUUGUUGAACCUAUAGAGAAACGUCCGAAAUCUCCCAAUAAACAUGUAUCUCCUACAAGGAAUCAAGUAGUUUUCGAAGAUGAUCAGACGUUUAGAAAAACUUUAAGGACUACACAAAUUGUAACGGAAGAACCGAAACAAUUUAAACCUAAAUCCUACAAGCCUACAGAAACAGAUGGUGAUGAAACAUUUAUGGAGACCACAGAGUUUGUUACGAAAACUAUUCAGAAACCCAAGUACCCUGGCUCACAGGAACCUGACAAACAAUCGCCCGUCCAGAAACUGCAACCGAAAUAUAUACGACCUGGUUUUGAGGAUAUAGAGGAUCAUGAAACCUUCACCCAUACCAGUGAGUUUGUACGUAAUACAGCACAAAAACUAAUUACAACUGAAAAACAAACUAUAGAAAUGGAAAAAGAACUAUUAAAACCCAGUACUAAACGUCCUAUAGCACCAAAAGGUUCGCCAUCAUCACCAACUAAGGAAAGAUCUCCUGCUCGUAGCCCAAGUCCAAAACAAACAGUAUCUGCUCCAAUAAAAACCCCUCGAUCUCCUAAAGAUCGUAAAGAUUCCCCCACACGUAGCCCAAGUUCAAAAGAACCCAAGAGUGCCCCUAAAUCUAUAACGAUAGAUGAUGAGACUUUCAGAAAAACCUUAAGAACUACUGAAAUAUUUAAUGAUAAAACUAAGCCAAAGGAACGUAAACCUGGCCAAGAAAUGCCCACAGAUACGGAUGAAGAGGAGACAACCACGGAAACAGAGGAGUUUUUGAUUGAAACCUGUGAAAAACGUUACAUUACCGAAAGAAAUAUUACUGCUGAGGAAGAGAAUCAAAAAUUGUCUACAACUUUGGUUAAACCAAAUGAAAAGGAACCACAUGAUAAGGAACCUUUUAACAAACCAAAACCACAACAGCCAUCUGAAAAACCUGUAAACAAACCAUUUACAACUACUUAUGUAGAAACCAUGGAAACUAUUGAGGACCAAACUUAUCCCGAAGAUACAGAACAAUUCACAGUAUCAAGCAAAUUUCCAGAUAACCAGAAACCAUAUACAGUACCUUUAGAACCCUGGAUAACCAAAAAUGUUCCCAGAGACACUAAAAAUUUCAAUGAAAAAUUUAUUGAAACUGAACGUGUUCGCAAGGAAACUCCAGAUGGUGCUUUCGUUUCAAAGACCACAGAACCUACAACACCAACUUCACCUACAUUUAAGAAAAAGGGAGCUGGACGCAGAGAUACCUUUGAAGAACGUUGUCGUCAAAUUUUGGGUAUGGAAACUUAUGGUGACACGCCUGGUAUUUUCAAAAAACAACCAAUUACGGAAAUUGAGGAGAAAAAGACGGUUGUCACUAAAGAGGUUAAAACAACACAAGAUGAUGAUAUAAACACCACUGUCGUGUUUCAGGUUAAAAUAGAAGAUUGUGAUGAAGAUGACGAACCUUUGUCCAUCAGCAGCGUGAAGAAAACUUUACAUAAACAGAUUCAUACAAAGGAGCCUUUGAGAGAGGAACCGAAAACUGUUAAAAAACCUGUGGAUGAACCAAAGAAAAAACCCACUAAACCGUCUAAAGAGGAGCCUGAAUUUGUAGGCCCCAAUGAAGAUUAUACAGAUGUAACUAAAACCAAGAAGCCUGUAGGUAAAACAGAAUUCCCCAAAGACGAUGAAAAGAAAUUUGUGAGCACUAUAACAAAAACCACAACAAUUCAUAAGAAAUCUCCUAAAACUAAAACUGGCAGUGAUACAGAACCAGAUUCAUCGGAAACUGAAACUAUAGAAGAACAGUGUAUGGUGGUAAAUAAAGAAACUAAGAAAUCUGAGGUGAAAAUCACUAAAAAAUCUUCGCCCUCAUCUACACCACGAGCAGUUUCACCUACCAAGAGCACAACGUCAUCUAGGUCUGUUUCACCAACCAAGCCAAAAUCUUCGACGCCUAGAAAUGUGUCACCCUUAAAAGAGACACCAAAACGUAAGCCCAGCAAAGAUUCCUUAGAACCCAAAACCAACAAAACUUCUCCGCAAAAACCAGAAAAUGAAACUACUACUACCAUUAAAGAUCGUUUAAGAUCCUCGACACGCAAAACUAAGUCACCUAGCAAACACGAUCAAGUAGAUGGCUCGGAAUCAUCUCCCGAACACAGUCCCACCCGUUACAAUACAGAACGCAGAAGAUCUAGCAACAUUUCGGUGACCACCGAAAUUAUUAUCGAACAUACUGAUUCUGACACUCCCCAUAAAAAGGAAAAGUCACCAGUACCAGUUGUUAAAAAACCAAAAGAUUCUGUGUUCAGGGACAUUAUAGAUUCUACUGUAAUGCCCGAGAAGUUGACGAGACGCAUGCCGGUUACCGAACGCAAAGAAUCUGCACCUGUCCAUAGAGUCACUAACAGGGAUAAGGACUCAAAAAUGUCACGUUCUACCAGCGAGAACUUGAUUAAGGUUAAAAAACCAGAACCCCAUUCUUUAUCGCCCAAGGGCACACCCAAAACCACGGAUCAUCGCAGACCCAAUAAAUGUUUUUCCACCAAGAGCAUCAAUUUAAGUGCCACAGAUCGUUUGGUUAAUAGCGCAGAUAUGGAAAAUAUUAUAAUUGACAUACAGCAUGCCAAGAGUUCAAGAGAGCCUUCGCCGGACAAAAUUGUACCAACACCCGUGCCGGCUCAUAUGGAUACUGGCAAGCCCAGAUAUCCUGAUGUAGUGCAAGAACCUGAAGAUGAUCAGCCGCGCAGAAAGCCCCAGGUUAAGAAUAUUCCCAUUUUCGAAGAGGAAAAUAAUGCCUAUGUAGGCUGUCAUAUAACAGAGGUAAAUAUGGAAAGGACCCACAAAACUACCUACGAUUCUUUGGAUUAUGAGGAGCAAAUCUUAAAUAAUCCAGUAGUAGAGGCUCCUGCUAGUUUGGACUACCCCAGUUUGGAAAAGCCAACAUACGAUGAGAGUUUGUUGACAGUACAUGAAAAGGUUUCGAAAUUCCAAAACAUAGCCGAAGAGUUGAACAAACCUAAAGCCUCCGAACCAUUCCAAAGAGAACAAAACGAUGAAUUUGUAAACUCCUCAAUACUUAAGACUAAUGAGGAAGACGAUGAGGAUGAAGAGUUUGCCAGAAAUGAACGUAUUUAUACUACUGUCAAAUUGGCUCCUACAGCACCUCAAAAGUCCCCCGAACUAGUACGUACCAUAUCCCGGCAUAUUUCACGUCAAAACGAGCCAGAUUCCAUUGAUGAACAACAACAGCAACAACCUGGUUAUUACAAUGAAGAUUAUCCCUUAACAAGUCGUAAUGACGAUUUCGUGGAAUGUUUGGUAGAUAAGAAAAAAAUAACUAAAGAAUUUGAGGUGAGUCAUCAGCAACAUCAGCAACUAAAGCAGCAGUCAACAAUAAAAACAGCUGAAAAAUACCAACAACCUAAACAACAUGAUGACGAUCAUGACGACGAUGAGUUAAUACCUCAUACCAAAACACAUACAAACAUAAUCGAAGAGCGUCGUCAGAAAGACAUUUUGAGCAGACCAUCGGUAUUCGACGGCAGAAACAAAAAACCCACAACUUCAACUACAACGAAAACUCCAUUACAGUGCAACAAGUCACCCGUUAAAGAUUCGGAGAAAUUACGGCCAGACAUCAAGUCACGCACAAAGCCAACGUCCGCUGUUACCAAUACACUAACAGAAACGACCACGGCAACAACGACAACGACAGCCAAUAAACCCAAACAAUCGCCUCAACGUAAAAACUCUGACAUUGAUUACGAAUUGCGCGGUAGUGGCGUUGAAACGGGAGUAAGAAACAUUAUCUCAAAGCAAACAAAGGUUUAUAACAACAACAGCAGCGGCAUCAGCAGCACAAAACCUAAUGACUUGAAAAAACCAACUACAAGUAAUAAAAAUAAGCCAGAGAAACACAUGCCAGUACGCUUAACACCAGCAAAGAAUUCGGACGAACAUGAUUUGAGUGCGGACGAAGACGACGACAAUGAAAUGAUCAUUACCGUGCAUGCAGAAACAACUGAUAUUUAUGACAUUGAAACGCAGGUAGUAAAUGAGGAUUUAAAUAAAGAAACAACAACCAGAAAAAUUCCUUUAACAACCCCGCACAAACAGCAACCAACAACACACAGUUCUACCAACUCAUCGCCAACAGAUCAGCCACUGAAAAUCAAAACAAAAGAGCACGUAGAAAAAUUAACCGACAGUAGACCAUUAAAAUCUAACACAGUCACUACCACCACCAGUAUUAAAACAGACGAAAGAGCUGAUGAUAUUGAUGAAACCGUUCUAGUAGAGCCGGCAUCCAAAAAGAAAACUACGAAACCCACUAAAAUGUCUACAACUACCACGGAUUCGGUGGCGGCUAGGAGAAGCUUGUUUGAGAGCAACAAUAGCAGCCCCUCAGCAACACCCACCAAGCGCACACCCAUGACCAGUCCUCUAAGCGUCCGAAGACCUUCUUACAUGGAUCACACCAAGAGCUCUUUGGAGCACACCCGGCGCGACUCUUUGGAAAUUAACAAGACCAAUUAUUCACGCAAACCUUCGCAUCCCGAAGAAGAAGUGCCCGGCUUUGAUCGCAAUUCUAUGGUGAAGUUUGAUGUGCCCCAGGGCAAACGUGCUACAACUCCCAGGGCUACGUCCGUAACGGAGGACAUAAAUGUGGAAGAAAUUUUCGAAUUGGAGGUUUUGGAGAGAUUAUUGGAAACGGUGCAGUCUUACGAAAUCAGACGUAGAAUUAGGGCCCAAAUACGAUUGAUUAAGAAAAAUCAAAAGAAUGAAUUGAUUACCAGCAGCACAGAAGUUAUCACCAAGACGAUUAAGACUUCAAAAGUUGGAAGUGAGGAACCCGAUACGGUAACAACAACCACAACUACAAGAAAAACUAAGCCUGACUCUAAAACCACCACCCAGACUAUAACUAAAGAUGGUGCUAGUCAUAUUAGCAGCAACAAAAAAGAAUAUAUAUUCGAGGAAGCUUAUAUGCCAACCUCACGCAGAUCUCCUAAGCCCAAUCGUUAUCCCUAUGAAGUGGAAAAGGAGCCAGAGCAUAAACCUACACGCAGUCAAAGUCCAGUGUGCCGCAGAAAUGCCGAACAUGAGCGUCAGUAUGAACGCAGUCAUCAUAGUUCCGAACAUGAACAUUACAGCCAAGAGGUAAGAGAGCAUGCAUCGCAUACCACCAAGCAACAACACUACUACAAGCAUGAACAAGAGCAAGAACAUAUGCAGGAGAUUAGACAUGAAACUUCACCUUCGCGUAAAUCUCCCUCACAUUCUAUACACUCAUCGCCAGAAAGACGUAAUGCUAGUCCAGAAUCUCAUAAACCAUUAAGAACCAACGAACGCAGUCGCAGUCCCCAAACUAAGGCUCCCCAAUCGACCAGAGUAACUAGCAGUCGCAGUCCCGACAGCAAAACCUCAACUGUGCGCAAGUCUUCAGCCACUUAUGAGCAACAGCAGGAGACGCUAAAAACAUCCAGCAGCACUAAACCACAAACGAAACGUAUAAUAACCACAACAACGACUACUAGCAACACAAAAUCGAAACCAGAAGAUAAAACACCCGUUUGGGCAGAUCGCAAGAACAUAUUGAAAACACCCAGCUCAACUGCACAACCCAAAAAACCAAGCUCCACUACCCUGGACUCUAGAGCGGGUUACACAAAGACCGUCAAAUCGGCAACCAGUCAAAAGAUGACCAGCCAUAAGUCUUCGUUUGUGGAUGAUGAUUGUGUUACCUCCAGUUAUGGCAUAGGACCAACCGAUGAAAAUGGUCUGCCACUCUUCGGCAUUAGGGCAUUGAAAAAGAAAAAGCCCACAGUGGAACCCAGUGAAACAACAGAAGAAGUCACCGGUUAUGUAGUCGAAGAGAAAUACUAUUCGGAUAGUAAAACCAAACCCAAAGUAGAGCGCAAAGAAUUUAUCUAUUCAACAAAUCCCGAGGAAUUGCAAAAGCUUAAGGAGCAGGUGGAAGUAACUUCUAAUAGAAAGGCCCUUAAAGAUGUGGAGGUCAAGGAGACCAGACAAACGGCUUUAAUUUCCAAAGCUACCCCUGCUUUAAGAUCUAGUCCGGAAGAUGAUUUUCUAGAUUCUUCUACUAAGUACGUGCGUCGUGGUUCGGUCAAAGAAAUGAGUGAAAAGUUUAUACAGAGAGAGGCCUCCUCAGCGGUAACGGAAAAAUCAAAUAACUAUCCUAAGGCGGGCUUAAUUUUGAGAACAAACUCUCGCAAGAAUAGCCGAGAUGCGGACAAUGAUAAUGAGAAUUUUGAAUCUUACAAAACCACACGAGUGCAACAUCACACCAGCACAGUUUUGGCCGACUCUGAUGAUGCCGAACAGGAGUAUGAAGUCGAGGAAGUUGGCAGUCGCCACUCAGGUCGUUUUAUAACCGAAAGCGAAAGUGAAUGUGAUUCUAUAAAGACUCAAAGGGAAUUUAAAAAAGUUACCUCCUCUUCCUCGUCUUCAAUGGCCACUCGUUCCUUCUUAAACACACAGGGUGAGGAAAAAGUCAUAACAAAUGUUUCGGAAUGUUUGGAACGCAUGCGUAAUGCAGAUAAUGUUGUUGAAGAGGGUGAUACGGCUGAGGAUCAAGAGGCCAGAGCUUUGCUUAAUAAAUUUUUGGGUGCUAGUAUUAUAAUGAAGGGCGUUGAGUCAUCCCUGCCGGCCGCUGCGAAUCGUCAAUCGAAAAUUAUAACUACCACAACGACCAGCAGCAAUUUAAGUGAUGAUAAUGAUGGCGAUAAUAAUGCAAAACACGAGGUAAAAACUACACGUAUAACGAAAACGAUUAAAUCUGGAAGCUCUUCUACACCAGUUACUUAUACAACUUGUGCUAUAGAGGAGAUUUGGGACGAAGAAAUUUUAAAAGAAUUGUUGGAACAGGCUAGAACAUACGAAGAACGUCGUAAAAUACGAUCACGUUUGAGGGAACUUAUGGCUGACCGUGAAGAAACAAAACAAAGCCCUAACGGCGAAGUAACAGCAAAAGCAGCAGCUAAUGUUCCGGCAGAAGAGGAGAGUAGUGCCAGCGAAUACGAGGAGAUUAUCGAAGAAGUCACAGUCACCGACUAUAGCGAAGCGGAAUCAGAUGUUGAUGAUAAUAAGAACGAAACCGACAAAGUAGUCGCUGUCGUCGUCGAAAAGUCACAAAAAGAUCAAGAGCAAACUUCUGAAGCAGCACUGGUAACUAAGACCGAAGAAAAGUCUGUAACCAGUGUUACUGCUAAAUCAGAAGUAACCUGCACUAAACAGGAAACCCAUACAGAGCAAAUUGAGGAGAGUACAACUACAACAGCAACCGCAACUGUAACCGAAACAGUUGAGGAGGAAGAAGUUGUAGAGGAAACUGCAUCCAGCAAAGACGGCGAUACAACCGAUAGCUCUGAAAAGGGUGAGUCCUUAAAGCCCAUGGUGCAUGAUAAACAAAAAACGCCACAAACUAUGCCACAAGAAGGCAAUAGCAGCCAUAGCAAUCAGUCAACAAACAGCCAAAAACUGAAGUCGGCACAAACAAGUAGCAAUAGCAAAACAACCGGUAGUGAAAGUAGUAGCAUGCACGCUCCAUACAGUAAAAAUAUCAAUAAUAAUAAUAAUAAUAUCAAUAAUAAAACACAAAAAACAACCUCUACUGCGCCAACAUCCAGUCAAAAUCCAAUUGUGACUGUACAGACUGCAGGCAGGGCAGACUCUACCUCAAUUAGCAGUAAAACCAAUACUAAGAAUAAUAGUUCUCGCCAAACGCAUAGCAACAAUAGUAACAUAGAUAUUAAUUCUCAAGAUAAUGGUAAUAAUGUUAGUAGUAGUAGUGUAGGUGGUAACUCCGUAGCCGUAGGUAGUAGUGAUAGUCCUAGACAAGUAGAUAGAUUAGGUGUGCCUCAAAAAGAAGAUUCUGGUACUGAGAGUGGGGAAGAUUUACGCUUGAUAGCGGCUGGUCUGCGUGACCAAUUACAAAUUCAAAGUGAUUCGAAUAUCAUUGAAGACGUUACCGGCGCUUUGAGUCGUUUGGAGAAUUCCCUUAAGGAGGGCAAAGACAUUUCAGUGGAUACUGAGAAGCGUAAGGCCCUAUUGGCUUUGGUGGAACGUUUGCGUGCCGGUUUAACAUCACCCGAAAAGUUGGCUGAAAUAGCUGCAGCCAUGUCGGAAUUGGACGGCAACGAAGGUCUCUAUGGUGAAACUUCUUCGCCUGAGGCAGAUGCCCAUCGUUCGAAUCGUUCUCGUUUUGCCAAACGUAGAAACCGCGUAAAUCGUCAUACGGUGGGUGUUAGUCGUGAAGAAUUGGCAGAUGCCAGACGCUACAUGGAGGAUAUGUUGAUUAUGGGUAAUAUUUCUCAAAGUACCACACCAGAGGCAAAUGCUGUUCACAAUAACACACCACCUCAGUGGUAUCCUUUGGAGAAAAAUGCCUCCUCGGGAGCAAUAUUGACGCAAACGUCUACCCCAGUUUUGCAAAGACCCAAACAAUUCGUACCCACAGAUGCAGGUGCCAACACAACAUAUACCGACAGAUUAACGGUUAACAAUGGUAAGCGCCGACCUCUUUCAGGAGAAUAUUCGGUAACUUUCGGAAAUCCUACAGUUUAUAGGCAGCCAGAAGAGCCUAAGGAAUCCCCUCAAGCUGUUAAACAAUCAACUCCUCCCGAUGAUAGUUCGAAGUUUUCUAGGUUUACCAAUAAAAAGCAUUUAAUGAAGCGUGCCAAUACCAUUGAUUUGGCCAAAACUCACAAAUAUAAUUCGGAAUUCGAUACCGAUUCGGAUGCUGAAGACAAGGGUCCUCAUUUGGGUCUGAAACGAGCUGUGCAAGUAAGUGUUAAGAAACGUGUACAAAAUGUUGUGCCACCUUUUGAGCCAAAAACCGAAAAUGACCGUAAAUUUUUGGCCUUUAUUAAUAAGCAAAGUGACAAACCUGGUCUCGGUUGGACCAGCUCGCGUUCUGUUUCCAACUGGACUAAUAAAUUUGGCUCCAUUAAGAGUACCUUUGAGGGAGGCUUAGCCGGCAAACCACCCCAGGCUCCUCAUCAUGUAUCAUCCUCUGCAAAGCCCCAGCAAUCCAGCAAACUAUUUAGUCCACCCAAUGUCAACAAUUCUGCUCCUAAUCCGGCUGCUAAUUACAUAACAAAUCAACAAAUCGCCAUGAGAUUGCAACAAGAAGCCGAACGCCAGACCGAAGAACGUAGAAGAAAGUUGGAGAGAGAACGUUUGGAGUUCGAACGCAGAGAACGUGAUCAAUUGGAAAGACAAAGGCAACAACGUGAAAGACAGGAGAGGGAACGUCUAGAACGUGAGCAUUUCGAAAGACAAAGAAGGGAACAAGAUCAAAUAGCGGCGGCCCAACAUGCAGCAAUUUUAAGGGAACAAGAACAAUUGGCAGCUGCACAACAAGCUGCUGCCAGUAUGAAUGUACCCAAACCCAUACCCAUCAAUGAAUUCAAACAUGCUCCUCAAUCGGUAUUUAGACCCAUUGAUAAUGUGGAUUCUCCCUCUAAGCCCAUUUACAAGCCUAUACCGCAAUUACCCCGUAACUCAAGUAAUUGGCAAUCUCUCAAUGCUACCCCUCCUAGAGGACAAGGCAACAGCUUAACCGCCACUUCUCCCAGUCAAUAUGGCAAGCCAGAUAAUUCGUUUAUAACCUCACCACCACCCUCUUCCAGAUUGCCUAUAGCUUUACCUUGGGCUUCCAAACCCACCGUGGACAGCAGCGGUUUCAAAUCGAAAGCCAACAGGUUUGAGGAACGUUCUAAAUAUGACAAUAUCCACAGUGCAGGACCUUUUGUACAACGGCACAAUUCAUUACGUUCAUCUAAUGGCGCUAGCCAUCAAUUCUCAGAAGAUUUUCGAAAACGUCCUUCCCUGCCCAACACUUGUGAUCCCUAUAGUGUCAGACAAAUGCCGACACAUCAAGAUCCUUUGGCUCAUUUGCCUCCGCCACAGAACAUAUCAUUCACUUACAGCAAUCUCAAGCCCAAAACCACAUAUCAAAGUUAUCCUUGUCUACCCUCAGCCGUGGUCAAUAACUCCAGUGACAACGAAUACCAAAGAUCAAGGGAAGACUCUCUUACCGAUCCUCAUGCAGUGCCUUUGGUGUUAACCUCAUCCAACCCCUUAUAUUGUCCUACAACUCCACAGACUCCGCCACAACAGCAACUACGUUUACCCAGACAAUUUGACUUGGUAAGUCCAGCCGAUAGCGCACCCACCAGUCCCAGUAUAUACACUAUGCCACAAACCGAUUGCACAGAUGAUGACUUGGAUUCCGAUAAUAAUUUGUUGGAAUACCAUGCAGUCAGUCGGGUAAUGGGAAAGCCUCAAAGUCAAACUGCUGUAACGGUGGGUCGACGUACGGGCCAUGUCAGCGAUGACGAGUUGUUUGGCAAGAACUCAAGGGCUGCUAAAAAUCUUCUGAGUACCAUGAAGAGCAUUGGAAAUCCCAAUGGCAUGGCAAAACCAAAGGCUCCUGUGACAAAGCGUCCCGAAGCAAUAAACUCACCAAAGCAAUGCCUCUCACCAGAUGGUCGCUCCUAUCAGGCUCCCAUUGUUGAGCCUUUGUUUCCCGAAAUAAAUAAAUUUGAGGCAAAUCGCAAGCCAACCUACAACGAUGAAAACAAUAAACAAACAACCGCACCCACAUAUCCGCAACCUGCCCCUCGCAAACCACUGGGCAUGUAUAAGAGUAUGGAAAAUCUAAAUAGAUCAACGAACAAAACUCAAAGCAACUUUAAGGCCACAACGAUACAACAGCCUUCACCCAAGCCAUACGUCAGUGAGACACAAACCUCUUAUGUGGUCACGUACCCCAUUGAAGACAACACAGACGAUGAAGACUUCAGUCGGCUGGGCCAGAACAAGAUGAUGCCACCCAAGAGUUUGGACUUGCGAAGACAACGUAAUGUUUCGGAAAAUUCGACUGGCAGCUCAACCACAGCUUCCAUGUCAUAUAGUCAAAAUUUACCAUCACCCAACACUAGUUGGACCUCUAAUCCCAUUGUGGUAGAUGAGUCUAGCAAUUAUCAAAAUAUGCCGGCACCAUAUCAGAAUCCCAACAAAAAUGUACCACCAUCUCCGGUAGAGCCAACUUAUCAAGCUCUUAGCAGCCAGGUGGUAACAAGUUAUUCAAGUGUCAAUCCAAAUCUAAAUUAUAAUCCACCACCCUCAGAUUAUAUAAAGACGGCAGCACAAUAUGAAGCACCACCUCAAAGAUCGAUGCCUGCUCAACAGCAAAUGGCUGCACAGUAUGAAACACCACCUCAAAGAUCGAUGCCAGCUCAACAGCAAAUGGCUGCACAAUAUGAAACACCACCUCAAAGAUCGAUGCCGUCAAUGACAACUCAACAGCAAAUGGCUGCACAGUAUGAAACACCACCUCAAAGAUCAAUGCCUGCUCAACAGCAAAUAGCUGCACAAUAUGAAACACCACCUCAAAGAUCGAUGCCAGCUCAACAGCAAAUGGCUGCACAAUAUGAAACACCACCGCAAAGAUCGAUGCCGUCAAUGACAACUCAACAGCAAAUGGCUGCACAAUAUGACGCACCACCCCAAAGACAGAUGCUUUCAAUGCCAGCUCAACAGCAGGCACCUGUGCCAAUACAGCUUCCUACAAAGCAACAAAAUUCAAUGCCAACAACAAAAUCAUCGUAUGAAGCUAAAUCUCAAAGGCAAUUGCAACAAAUGCAAAGUACAACAAAUCAAAAGCAAACCACAAAGUCAUCACAUGGGGCACAAACGCAACAACCAAUCCAACAACAAGCUCCAGAAAGAAUGCAAAAGCCUCCAGUAACACAAAAAUCCACAGAUUAUCCAAAACAAAGCCCAAAAACCACAACAAAAACUACAACUACGACAACACAAGAGAAACGAUCUUUGGCCAGCUUACGUAAGACAGUAAGUGAAGAUCAUCAUAGUGGACAAGUAGAGCAAACUGUUAUAAAUCCACAACACUCAAAUAUUUCCCAGGAAAUGAUCAGCCGUUUAGAUCAACAGCGCGAACGAAUUUCAAAUGAUAUACGCCGCAAGAGUUUGGGAAAUGCUCUAGACUAUCAAAUGGAGAAACAGGCGCGCUUUGAGACGCAACACAGUGAAGAGUACAAAUCCUCCGCUCCUGAAAAUACACCCGACAUUGUGAAAUCUUCUCUGCCCAAAGAUGAAAAUCAACCCAUACUUAAGAAGUUUGGGCCACCUCAAAGACACCACUACAUGCCCAAUUCCUACCAAAGUCCCGGUGCAAAUACUACAUCAACAUCUGUUGUAUCUACGUCUACACAUUCUUCGAAAAUGCAAGGCAAAGAUGUACACUCCACCUCCAACCAUACUGUGAUGCAAACCUCUCAACAGAUUUUCAACAACACCAGGCCCACCGUAAUGGAAACUCCCGCCAUACCCCAGCCAGAUGAUGACUAUAUACCCAGAAAUAUUGUCUUCAAUAAUGUACAUGCCUUCACAUCCAUGAACCGACACCAGGAGAGUGAAAGUGUUACAUCAGCUCAAGAGCAACAUCAAGCCAAUAGACCUAAUAAAUUGAGUAAAUCUGAUUCGUGGAAUCAGAUAAUGAUGCUGCAAAAACAACACGUACCCACCCACACAACGAAAUUCAAUCAAAGUCCCACCAAUGAACUGAGACGUACCAAAUCGGGCCACACUUUAGCCUUACCCAAAAUGUACGAAGCUGCCAUGACUAAAACCGAUAUCAGCGAGAAGCAAAAGACAGUGGCUGCCUAUUUCUCGGGACAAAAAUCACCCACACAACAGGAAACAGUGGUGGAACAACAGACCACCAAACGCUCGGUAAUAAAUCGCACCAAAACCAGUGAAAAAGUAUCGGCUGCCAGUCGCAAAUCUUUGGGUUCAAAUCUGCCCAUAGCGCCGGGUGGUCUGCAGCGCAGUGCAACUAUGCCGCACAUAGCUAGCCUAAAUCUGUUGGAUGAAAGCAAUGUGGAGGAUGCUUUCGAACAGUUAAUGAUGGAACAAAAACAACAAAAAUCUUCUACAUCGACUACCGAGAAAACUGAAACGAAAGACAAAGAUGGAGCAGUUGUAACUACCACAACGAAAGUUACUACACGCACCGUCACUGGUUCAGCAGCGAAGCCUGUCUCACCAUUUAACAAAUUCAAACAACUUGACAGACAAAAUUCACAACAAUCUGCAAAAUCUCCAACAACACCGACAACACCUGGAGGCGGCUCAACUGCCUCACCCUCGUCCGGUAAUCAACCGAUAUUCCGUUUUACCGAUCCGGCCCUAAAUGCUAAAGCGGCCACUGUCAAGGAACAAUUGCUACAGUGGUGUCAAUCGAAAACCCAGGAAUACGAGAACAUCGAAAUAACUAACUUUAGUACGAGCUGGAACAAUGGUUUAGCGUUUUGUGCCCUAAUACAUCAUUUCUUGCCAGAUGCCUUCGAUUAUAGUCAACUAACCCCCAAAAAUAGAAGAAAAAAUUUCGAAUUAGCUUUCACAGUGGCUGAUGAGAAAGCCGGCAUUGCCCCUUUACUAGAUGUUGAAGAUAUGGUUGUGAUGCAGCGGCCCGAUUGGAAAUGUGUUUUUGUCUACGUACAAAGCAUCUAUCGUCGUUUCCGCAAUUGCCAAUAAACUAAAAAAACUAAUUUUUUUGUUAAACGAAUUUUACGUUUACCCAACAAACUACAGCUCGAUCAUCAAAACAAAUCAAACCAAAAUCGCAAUCAAAUCCCUCAACGAAGUGUUUACUAAUCAAGCAAUCAAAGCAAUAUCAAUUAUAUUUAAAUAAAAA